CAAACAAAUGUAAUUCUGUCGUCCUUCUGUGCAAAAGUCCGUGUAGUGAAAGUGAAAAAGAAAAAAAUCAUGCAAAAAUCUAAUAUCGUAUAUAUAUAAUACAAAAAUAUCCCUUAUUUUUUACAUUUUUAUUUAACAAUCUCAAUAUGCUAAUAGUGCUACAAUAAUUAAAAAAAUGUUAAUAAGCAAACUUAAAUGUAAUAAAGAAAUAAAAAUUAUAUAAAAAAUUCACUACCCAAAAAAAUACAAAAAAAAAAAGAAUAAAACAAAAAAGAAACGUAAGAAUAAAAUAAGCAGAAGUAAAAAAAGCACAAAACUAUUAGCAGAAUACUUGGUUCAUUAAAACAGGAGGAGCGUUGUUGCCGUCGUCGUCGUUGUUGUCAUCAGAUUUUUUGAAAGAAGAAAACCCCGUGGUGUUGUCCAGCCUAGAGUUUGUGCAAUUCUGCAUGUCUGAAUAUUUUAAACAUGGUGAAAUUGACCACCGACACCAUACGCUUCUAUAUUAGAAUCUUUCUGAUUACAAAUCAUGACAGAAGGACAUGAAAGCGAUUUUCUAGUAACAGUAAGAGCACAGGUUAUGACCAGAGACGAAAGCACUGAAGGUUGGCUACCACUGGCCGGGGGUGGUCUAGCUAAUGUUUCAAUACGUAAACGAGCUAGACUAUCCCCUGGUGCUACCGGACAUGAAUACAUCAUAUAUGGUCAAAGAAUAUCAGAUCAAAGUGUUAUAUUAAGCUGUGUCAUAAACCGUGAUCUAAAAUAUUAUAAAGUUAUGCCUACAUUUCAUCAUUGGCGUGCUGGUAAACAAAGAAAUGGUCUUACCUUUCAAACUGCUGCUGAUGCGCGUGCUUUUGAUAAAGGCAUUCUGCGAGCAUACAAUGAAUUAAUUGAUGGCAUGGCCAAAGCAAAUCCUUCCAUUAUAUGUCCACCAUUAACCAAAUACGAUUCGGUUGGUGAAGAUGAUGUUUUUAUGACUUUAGACUUGCCCUGUGAAUCAAUUGAUAAUAAACAAAAAGGUCAUUCCAGUCCAGAGGGCAGUGAAAAUAGUCAUGUCAGCUUAAAAGAUCGUGGUGAAAGAUUUAAUGACGAUAAAAAAGAUAAGGAAAUUGCAAAAAUUCAUUACAUAUCGGGUGAAAACUCUUGCAUGCAAACACCUCCACCAGGCAGUGCUAAUACAACCAACAACACUACGACAACCACCAUCAGUAACAAUACAACAGCAGCAACAACUGAAACAACACCAGCCGCAAUUGCUCCUAGUGAAAACUAUUCCUAUGUUACUUUGACAGCUGUUCAUGACUAUAAUUAUCCAGUGGUAGAUCAACCUGUAGCCGCUCAAGUCCUAAGUGCACGUUGUGAUUCUAUAACUACUCUGAAAAAACUCAAUGCCAUUGAAGCUGCUUCCCACUGUCUUGUCUCACAAUCUUCACCCAUUUCCGGUGGUAUUAUCAAAGAUCCCGAUAUUGAUAUACUCAAGCAAAAAUUACAGAAACCAUCACAGUCCUCCCAGCAACUGACACGUUGUCGUUAUUGUCAUGAACUCUAUGCUGAUGAUUGUAAUCGUAGGGGUGCGUGUGAGUUUGCUCCGGAUUGUUUUCGUUCGGGUUUGGAGUGUAUAUCGGGUAUAGGUUGUGCUCGCUGUAUGGUUUAUCAUUUUAUGAGUGAUUCAGAUGGUGAGACACCACAGCAUCCGUGUGAGUGUGUUAAUGAGGAUGGGUGCACUAAAAGAUGGAUCGGUUUAACUUUAUUAUCUUUAUUGGUGCCCUGUCUAUGGUGUUAUCCUCCCUUAAGAGUUUGUCAUUUAAUUGGUAUUUCAUGCGGCCUAUGUGGUGGGAAACAUAAACCGCAAGUUUGACAUUGGGAGGCUGGAUUACAAAACAAUAAAAAACAAGCCAAAUCCAAAAAGCAGCAACAAAAGCAACAACAACAACAACAUCAGCAGCAGCAAAACCAGCUUAACUAUAAUGAUUACUAUGAUAAUUUUUCUUCUACAUACAACAACAAAUGGCAGCAGCAGCAACAACAACAACAAACCUAUAAAAAUCAAUAUGAAUGGGAUCUUAAAUAUUAUAAUAAUAAAACCUAUAAGGAACUUAAACAACCAAUAGCCAAUAGCUAUUCCUCCUACAAAUGUGACUAUUUGGCCGAUGAGGAUGAUCCCUUUAAAACAACGUUUCCUCUAAAAAAGCAACAUAACUUUGGUAAUAUUUAUUAUUAAAAGAAAACAAGAAAUUCUAAAAAAUGUAAUUAAAACAAAACGGAAAACUCUUUUAAAGGUCCUUUUCCAAAACAAGAAAAUAACUUAAAAAGGGGCUUAAAACUAAGAAUUUAUUAUUUUAGUUUUGAAUUUAAGUUUUUUUUAUAUAAAACUUUUUUCUGCAUUAAGCAUUUGUAGGGUUUUUGUAAUUAGUUUUUGUUUAGUUUAUUUCUUUUUAUAUUAUUAAUCAUUUAAGUUUUUAUUGUAUAUAGUUUAACCAGCAAACUUUAAGUAACACAAAAAAAACCAUUAAUUUUUAAAAAAAUAUAAUACUUCAAAGAAGUACCUGUUUAAGUCUUAAAACACAAUUUUUAAUAACACUCUAACUACAAUUGUUUUUCUUCUUCUACUUCUAUCAAAUCUAAUUUGUUUAAUAAGUAUGAAAAAAAAACUCAUAUUAUUAUUUAUUUUUUUUUUUAUUAUUAUUAAAACUAAUUUAAUUUAACGUUCUUUUUUAUACAUAAUUAUUAAUAUGUAUUUCUUAAUAUUUUUUUUGUAUGUUUUUGUUUUAAAAAGAAAGGUAUACAAUUAAAAAAAAAAACACAAAAAUAGCUCUUUAACACAAAAACCAGUAUUAUUAACUUUUUUUUUUUAUUCUAACAAAUGAAUACCUAUGCUAACUAAUAAGUUUCCUACAUUAUGCACAAAUUUUUUUGUUUUAAAAAUGGCGCAAAUAAAUAACACAAAUAAAAUAAUAACAUUAACUCCAAAAGUAAAAUGGCUAUACACAAAAAAAGGUUAAAGGGUUGAGAGGGCUAGUGAAAGGAAAAGAUCAAGAUUUUGCAAUAACCUAUAGUUGUGUUAACAUUCAAGGCUAUAGAUUAGGAGAUAAUGGACUAUAGUUAAGACUAUAGAUCAGUCUAAAGUGACUACUAUAGAUCAGUCUGAAAUCAAGAAUAAAGAUCAGUCUAUAGUUGAGACUAUAGA